CCCGAGACAUUCGCUUAGGCUUUCGAAUGAAUGCGAUCACCAUGUGUAAAUACUUAUUUUUAGAAUAAAAAUAUGUUUUUAUUUGCGUUUAUUUCGUCGCAGGUAUUCACCGUUUAAAACAAAGAUUAUUUGCUUAUUUUAGAUAUAUCAUCCAGAUAGAUUUACAAGACGGUUUGUAAAUUGUCGGCAUAUAAUGGAGAUGUUACUUACGUUAAAUUUUGAUUAUAAAAAGAAGACGCGAUUGUCUUAGCAUGUUUUAAUUAAAUCAAAAUCGUAGUUCUGAAAAGGUAAUACUGAAGUGUAUGCAGAGAAACAUAUAUAAAAAUGGAGCCGGUAAACGAAAAUAAGCUCGAUGAGAUUUACGCGUGGAUAGAUCAGAUUACGUUUUCAAGACCGAAGAAAAAUAUAUCGAGAGAUUUUUCGGACGGAGUAUUUAUGGCCGAAUUGUUGAAACGAUAUUAUCCCAAGCACGUUGACGUGCACAAUUAUGUGCCUGGCAAUAGUAUAGCAAAGAAGAUCGAUAAUUGGAAUAUAUUAAAUAGAAAGGUUCUUUCUAAAAUUGAUAUGAAACUUGGAAAAGAUGUAAUCAAUCAAUUGGCAAAUUCACAAUUAGGUAUUAUUGAGAAAGUUUUGAUAGACGUGCGAGCGAAAAUUUUGAAAGACUGUAAUGUAGAUAGGGAUUCAUUAUAUUCUGAUUAUGAAGAAAAUGGAAGAGGUAAAAACGCUAAACCUACUUUAAAUCCUGAAGAAAUCGCUAAUAAAACAGUACCACGUCAUACUUUUAUAAGACUUAAACAAGAAUUGCAAGAAAGGAAUGAAACUAUUAACGCACUUCAUCAAAAAAUUUCACACUUAGAAAGUUUGAUUAAAUUGAAGGAUCAAAGAAUAGUAGAUCUUACGGCACAGGUUACAAGACCAAUGGCACAUACAUAGAUUUCUCGUACUAAU